AUGGGGCUAAACAAAAAGCGCAAGGUAGCGAAUCAACCUGAAGAAAUCAACUUCGACUUUGACGCCCGACAACAAUUCCUCACAGGCUUUCGCAAACGAAGGCUGCAGCGCGUGAAACAUGCACAAGAGGUCGCAGAGAAGCGGGCACGGGAAGAACGGAUAGAUUACCGGAAAAGGGUCCGGGAAGAGCGGAAAGCGGAAUACGAACGGGCGUUUGAAGAGCAUCAACGACAACUCAAAAUGCUCAUUGAAGAAAACGAGAAUGACUCAAAUGAUUCCGGGAACGAGGGCAAUGAGGGCGAGGAUGAGGAAUGGGAGGGUUUUGCGGAGCCACCCGCUGUGGACUACGAGGCCGAAUACAUCGACGAGGAUAAAUACACUACUGUAACGGUAGAGGAGAUGGAUCCGUCAAGAGAAGGCCUGCUCAAGUACGAGACGCAAGAACAGUCAGAUGACGAAUUAGACCAAGACGAGGAUAAAAAGGCACAGCAGACGCCCGAGGACGCCAAUUCGAAAGACCCAAAGAAGAGACCGCAGACGGAUAAACCCAAGAAAAAAAAGAAGUUCCGUUACGAAAGCAAGGAGGAACGAAAGCUCAACCAGGCGAAGCAACGGUAUUCCAAGGCCAGAAAGGCAAGAGGGCGACGCGGCGAAGAAUAA